GUUUUAGGAAACAGACCUGACUAACUGCAUUGUUAUUGUCUGCUGAAAUCGCAGAUCAUCCUGUUGAUGAUUCACAUCCUCGUUUUUCAGACUGAAAACAAGAUGGCACUGUUAAGUCAUCUUUUUCCAGCUCUGCUGCUGCUGCAGUCUGAGUUGCAGCUGAUUUGUGGAGCUGAGACUGCAGGUCUUCAAACUCUCAACUGUCCUGCUCCUCCUUGGGUUCCAGGCACUCCUGGUCACAGCGGCGUUCCUGGCAGGGAUGGGAGGGAUGGGAAAGAUGGAGCUGUUGGACCCAAAGGAGAGAAGGGAGAACCAGGACUGAGUGUCCAGGGACCUCCUGGUAAAGCAGGACCAGCAGGUCAAAUAGGUCGAGAAGGUUCUACUGGACCAAAAGGACAGAAGGGAGACCCAGGUCCACCAGGGACUGAUUACUUGAUCAGAUCCCUUCAGUCUGAACUUCAACAUCUCAAAGCCAGGCUCACUACAAUAGAGAAGGCUACAAGUUUUGACACUAUUAAAAAAGUUGGACAGAAAUACUAUGUGUCCAAUGGACAGAAGGCAAAGUUCGAUGAAGGUCUGAAGUUCUGCACUGAUGCUGGUGGGAAGCUAGUUUUGCCAAGAAACGAAGCUGAAAAUAAAGUCCUGGCUGCAAUGCAUGCAGGUCUUGGUUCAGUUUAUUUCCUACUUGGUUCAUCAGAUAAAGAACAUGAAGGUCAGUUUGUAGAUCUAAACAACACCCCUCUGGUGUUUAGCAACUGGGCACCAAAUGAGCCCAAUGACCAUCAAGGAAAAGAGGACUGUGCUGCUAUGCAGAGUAAUGCCCUGUGGAAUGAUGUACCAUGUGACAUCUCUCUCCAUGUUGUCUGUGAAAUAGAGAUAGAAUGACAUACAUAUAAAAUGAUAAUCACGAUGCCAUAGACUAGUAUUCAUGCUUUUCUGAGAGAUGUUAAACUCAUUUUAUUCAUCACAAAAGAGAUUCAGAUACACAACUUUGAAUAUUGUCCCUAACAGUUUGUUAUGUAAAACUGUUAGGUUUCAUUUCAUUACUAUACCUACUAAUACUUAGUACUAAAUAACUUUAAUGACUAAUACUAAUCAGAAAAUGUGGAUGAGUAAUCUGUUGGUUUUUUUACAUAAAAUUUGUAAUGGUCAGUUCAUGUUUUCAUAAAUAAAAUCAUACCUGUCCGAUUUCUAA